AUGGGUGGCAUUCUUCAACUCCCCACAGAAGUCAUGGAGCGAAUUCUCCACCAGCUGGACACGAAAGACCUCAAAGCACUACGAUUGGCUCAUAGGAAACUCGAUUGGGAUGUUCGCCCGACACUGUUCCACACCCUUCACAUCUCCUGUCUGAACGCCGACCGACUGCGUCACAUGAAAAAGUACCCGAGAAUUUCUGCAGUCGUGAAAGAGAUUCAAUUUCAAGAGAUGAGCCUUGAGGGCCUGUCGUUGCGAGCUGCGUCGAAUUGUCUGCGUCGAUGGUAA